CGUGCAGGGGUUUUCAGCGCGCGACACACGCGGCGUAUACGUAACGCGGCCAAAGCCAGACGCCAAAAAAGACGAAAAACUGAGCAAACGAAAUGCCAUAAAGCUACAACAACAACAACGACAGCAGCAGAAACGUGUAGCCCAAGAACAAUAAAUCUUUAACGUGGAUUUCAUGCAUGUAAGCCAGGCAAAGACUCUCUGUUACGAUAUGAUGCAUGAGCCGAGGGCCAGCAGGUUUAAUAUGUAAACUCCUUAAAAGCGCUGAGUUUUCAGCAUCAAAAGUGCAGUGGCGUUAAUUUGCCAAAUAAAAUGCAACCAGCUACGAAGAGCAACUAGCGCAGCCAUAAAUAUCAUCAGCAACUGAGCAAUAAAACGCGGUCUUCCCCCUUUAAGAAAGACAAAAGGAAAACCGAGGGGGGUUAAAUCAACAGGGAAAGCUCAGCAGGAGCUGAGCAUUUAGAGUCAGCCAUCGGGCGCACUCCUUCCUGUGACUUAGAUCCUAACUCCACCCAACUCCCCUUCUGCCAACCGACUUCCGGCCGCCGCCUCCUUGAGCCGAGCACUUCCGCUUCUUAUCGCGGCAAUGUAAACGCGUUUCCGUUUAGGACUCAAUCCCAGCCUCAUUUCGCGGCACCGGGAGCGGCAUUAAACUAGCAGCUCGGCGCUGGAUUACAAGUAAAUUGGAAAGGAUUUGAAGAUGAGCCUGCUGCGCCUGCUUGGUGCCCUGCUGCUGGCCACAUUCAAUGGAAUGGCGCCUGUGCCCGCGGAAGGACUGCACCUGUCCAACCUCUCCGUCCCGCGCAUCAUCGACGUUGCCCAAAAGGCGAAGCUCUUCUGCAGCUACGCGAUGGGCAAUCGGACGCUGAACUCUGUCAAAUGGUACAAGGAUGGCCAGGAGUUUUUCAGAUACUCGCCACUAACACCGCCGACAACAAAUUGGUUCCCCGUUAAAGGUGUCGCCAUCGCCGACGGUUCGCCGCAUUGCAAUCAAUUCAUCUGCAACGUGGAGCUGGAGAAGCUCAGCGCCCACUCCUCGGGUCAAUACAGGUGCGAGGUCUCCGGCGACGCGCCCGAGUUCAAGCUGAUCGAUCAGACCGCCAAUAUGACAGUCGGAGUGCUUCCCAAAUUGGAUCCAAUAAUCUCGGGCGUGCGACACGCCUACAAAUAUCACGACUAUCUAGUGGCUAAUUGCAGUUCUGAAAUGUCCAGUCCAAUGGCCAAGUUAAUGUGGUACAUUAACAACAAAACGGCACCUGGGCACAGUUUGCUACCACAAAUCAACGAAGUCUCACGCAACGCCGACGGCUUUCACCUGUUCGCCAGCCACCUGCAGCUGCGGCUCCACCUGGACGACCAGCGGUUCAUCAGCAAGAGCGAGAUGCUCGAGCUCCGCUGCACGGCGGACAUCAUGGGACUGGCGGCGGUGCGAAGGGAGAAUCGGGUGAGGACCACCGUCCUGGCGCUCAAGGAUGCCGGCACCAAGCAGCGGCUCACAGAGAACGGUUCCUGUAUUACAGGACGACCAGCAUCUCUGGCCGCCUGGCUUUUGAGCCUCGUUCACAUUCUGCGCUGGCACAGCUCCCAAAGUUAGUGGCUGGCAUUGACUGGAGCUCUUUUUGUAGCCUAAGUAUCCGGGAUUUGUCUCCAAGUGCACACACUCUAAAUAAAAGAAUAUGAAAACAGUCACGGGCGAAAAGUAAACCGAGUGAUUCGCACCAUUUUCGAGCCAAGUGAAAAGUUAACAAGCCAAGGCAGCAACAGUUGAAUUUGUAUAUAGUCGAAAUCGAAUUAGUUUAGGUCCGAGCAGGAAGCCCAGCCAUUUCCUACAUAAGUGUAAUGCAACAUUUAUUUAUGUGUGAAUAAGCCAUCGGAAAUGAUAAAAAAAUGAAUCAGCACAGAGAAACAUAAGUUAAUAUAUAGGUAUCUAAACGUAAAAUUUGCUACCAAAUAAAAUUAUAUGUCAGAAUUAUUUCAAUAGAAAAAGUAAAUUCGAAUAUCAACAAAUUUACACAUGAAUAUUUGAGCACAGAAAAAGGAACACACACAAUCAAUGGCAAGUAAACUUAAUUAUUGUAUGUGAA